AUUGCAAUGGUUGUGAAAAACAGCCGAUUUGUGGAAACCCCGCGGCAUGAAAGUGGAAUCUUGUUAUCGGAGACGACACUAGACACGUCAAGGUUCACUAAGUGGACAAUAUUUUGUCAGCUGACCCUUCACUCGGGACGCACUUCCGAGAGAAAAAAACCCGAGCAGAUUACGAAUGCUUCUUCGGGUUGCUGAGUUCAGCAGGCAGAUAAAGGCUCGGCGGCUCUGCCUUUAAUAGUGUUUACCGAAAAUCAACGAAAUAUUCGCCCAUCCGACGUACCGAAACGCUGUUUAUGAUACAUUCACGUUUGGUGAAAAAUGAAAGACUUACCUUUUAAAUUUGAAUGUUAAAUUGCAGCUUUUGGUUGGGAUUUAAUUUCUUGAGUCUCUAACGCGUUGUUCUCGCUCGUACAAAAUGAAGGGAGGGAAAAAAGAAAAAGUAUAGGAGCGCAUUUGGAGGCUCGUUUCCCAUGAUGCAUUUGGGACAAACAUAUAUGCUGCAACAUGAUCACCAAAAUCAGCAAACUGUCACGCAAAGCACUACAAGCACAUUCUUAUUUAAGAAUUUAAACACUUUAAGUAACUUAAAAAAACAUUUUUGGUUUUACAGCCACAUUUAACACGAAACAAAAUGUGCAGCCAAGUUCAUUUUCUGUGAAUGUUUCCCAAGUGUUGUAAAACAUUUGAUCAUUUCUGUUAUUUGCAUUUUGUUAUAUUUUUAUCUUGGAAUAUAUAUAUAUAAAUUAUUGUAAUUCUUAUCAAAACCCUAAGGGAGACUUAUAAUUUAAUAGCAGCCUGCAUCCCAGAUAUGUGGGAACAAUUAUCACCGAAAGUUCAAAAUAAUGUUCAAAUCUGUUAAACGACAUACGCAUUGCAAUGACUACAGUACUGCAUUAACUCAAUGUAAAACAGUCUGUGUUGUAGUUCCGACAUUGAGUCUGUAAGUAGCGCCAGAGUGCUUUUCUACAGAAUAUUUCACAAAGGAAGAAGAAACGUUUGCUUUUUCUCUCAACUCCAACAUGGCGGCAGCCAGGAGGCUGAAACGCGUGGUGGCAACACAGCCAGGCUUUUUAAGUUUCUCGGAAAAUAAAGCCGACGUUAGUACUCGAAGAAAGCGCGUGAACAAGAAUAAGAAAAAGAACUGGAACAAACACAGCGACAUUAAUGACGUAGAAGAUUUUUUGGAAGACAUCAGACACCAAGAGAGGACCACCGGUGGAUUGUUGGCUGAGAAGCCAGAUGACUCGUUAUUCUUUCUUGAUGCUGGACAUCAACAAAAAGAUGAUCGCAAAGCAUCAGAGCAGGUGAAGAACAAGAAGAGGAAAGGAAAGUCGCAGCGUCCUCUCAGGAUAGACCUCAUCCUGCAGCAUGAUUCCCUUGUCCCGCCAAUUAAAGAUGUGCUGGCCUAUCAACAGCCCAAUGCAAAGAAACUUCGGAAUGCUGCCAAAAGGGUAGAGCACCUGGCCGCCAAAGGCGUAGUGCCACGCAGCCAGAAAAAGCUGCUCAACCGACAGACACCCAAAACAGGAGUAAAAAAGGCAGUGACGGAGGCCAACAAUUACCCAAAAAGAGAAUAUUAUGACAUCUGGGGUCAAGAGUCCAAAAGUUCAGCAGAUCCAUGGUACCUGCAGCAGACUGGGAAAAAGCGGGUCAAGCGACCAGAGAAGAUGAAUGAUAAGCCAUCCACACUACCUGCAGUGGAGGUGAUCGCUCCUGGCGGUUCUUAUAAUCCAGACUUCUUCUCCCACCAGGCUUUGCUUCAAGAAGCCCACAACGUGGAGAUUAAGAAACAGAAGGCGGAAAAAAGAAUUGAGAGACGGCUCGCUGUCGACAAAGACAAAAGAGCAACGGAGGAGACUAUCUUUCAGGAGCAAGUGGAAGGCCUGGUAGAGGAGAAUGAAGACGACGAAGUGUCUGCUAUUAAUGAAGACGACAAAGUGUCUGCUAUUAAUGAAGACGACAAAGUGUCUGCUAUUAAGGAAGAAGAGGAGGGCACAGUGGGAGGAGCCAUCGUACUGGCAGAGAAGAAGACUGAGAGACAAAGGAAAAAAGAAAAGGCAGAAAAAAUUAAGGAGCAACAGCGGCUGUCUGAGAAAAAUCAGACCAACAAACGCCAACAACUCUUCCAGCUUCGCUCUAUCAAAGCCACCAUUAAACAGCAAGAAAAGAGAACCGCUGCAAGACAGAAACGACGCAAGGCCAAGAUGGAGGCCCAGAAAUCUCAGCCCAGACGCCUUGGAAAACUCAAAUUUCAGGCUGAUGAUAUUGAAAUCAAGCUCAGUGAUGAGCUCAGAAGUUCGCUACGAGAACUAAAGCCAGAGGGCAGCGUCCUCAAGGACCGCUUCAAGAGUCUGCAGAAGAGGAACCUGAUUGAACCCAGAGAGAGAGCCAAGUUCAAGAGGAAGUACAAGCUGAAGUAUGUGGAGAAAAGAGCUUUUAGAGAGAUCACUUAACACCGCAGACCACAGAAGCAGAGCCUGAGAAGAUGGGAGCGCUGUGAAAGCCACAGAUGCAACAUAAUGGAACCAAUUGUACAUAUAACAUAAUGACCCGCUGACCUUUUCAGAUAACGCAAGCAUUUUUACGACAAUUGAUUAAAAAAAUGCUAUGUGUCAAUGUAGUUUGUCUGGACACGUCUGCAAAUUUUCUAUUUUGACCAGGUAACGAUAUCUGUUGGAGUUCUAAUUAAAAAAAAAAAAAAAAAGUUUGUUCAUGCCAAGUGAUGUUGCCUGCCAUGCAAGAGUGAUUUCCAAUGAAGCACAAUUUGCUCAGUCAUGUAAAUCUUAAUUGUGCAGCAGAUUUGUUCACAUUUGAAGUCACGCUGCAGCGGUGUUUAAAUAAAUAUUAGGGAUGUACCGUAAGCAAAAUUCUUGGCCGCCCCGAAAACAAAAUAUUGGAAACGCUUGGCCGAGUAACUAAUUUCUACAGUUAUUUUUAAAUUUCAUUUAAAAAAUGUUAUUAUUUAAUUACGAUUAAUGCCCUUUGCCUUAGCAGUAUCCCGAGCAAACGUAUUCACCUUCUCAAAAUCCUCCGUCACAGGAAGAGUCUGUUGAUGGGAGUGAUUUUUUUUUUUUUUUCGUUUGUGUGAACUUUACUCGUGUAUUGUUUGUUGGACAAGUGGCUGAUUAAACCUGAGGUGGAAAAAUU